AUGCUUCCCGCUGUAGCUUUGGUAUCUUCUCUAUUUGCAGUAUACUAUCUUGACUCGGCCCCCAUUCGCUACCCAGGCGAUGGUCCCAUUGCAGAGGGCUUCAAUUUUCUACAAGGCAUGUUCCUGUCUUUUGGAACCCCAUUUCUGGCAUGGAAUGCCGCUGCAAAUUCUCGCGGGAUGCUACAAUAUCUCGCAAUCGCCGUUGCAAGCACUCCCUCACUUGUCUUCUUCACCCUGGCCAACUCUCAGCCGACCGUUGGCUUGCUUUGGGGCAGUCUGGGAUUCUGGUGGGCAUUGGGCCUUUUUACCACCAAGAGUCAAGAUCUGCAAGCGGGAUUGCAAUGGCUAGGACGGGCUGUAUUGAUGAAGAUAGUGGAGGCUAGCUCGAAAAGCGCAGCACAGAUAGCCAAUUGA